AUGGAAUUUAAUGUGGAGGUACGGAAGAAACAGUUGCACAGCUUAAAACAGUAUAUACGGUCUUCCGAAGAAAAUGUUAAAGCAGCUGUUCAGAGUUUGGGUUGGACUUCCUCCAAAACUUUGCAGGAUGAAGAACCCAAAAUACUCUGCCCACUAAAUAAAAAUCAUCUGAUUCCGCAACAAACAUUAAAAAAACAUUUGGAAAAGUGUUCAUUAAGAUCGGCGGGUUACGAGGGCAAUGAGGACUUUUUGUCAGAGCCCCCAUCAAGCAAGAAAUGUUGCGUUAAAAUAUCAAAUGCAAAGAAAGCUGAAAUCAUUGGUGCAUCCAGAGUGAACCGAUCCGAAUUUAGAUUAGAAUAUCAGCAAAUUCACCUUGUUUCUUCAGCUUGGAAUGGUCGAGAUUCGGAUCCCCUUACAUCAGAUCGUUUCACCAGUACCUUUUCGGUUGAUGAAAGAUCAGCGUUGUAUGAAUACUCCAUUAAACAUGCAAUACCUCCUCCAAAGCCGCAAGAAUUCACUCUAGAUCUGACUGACAUAAAAGAAAAGAAAGGAUUGACUGAAAAAGAAAGAUUGCUUCUAGAACGCGAUGCAAAACGCAGGAGAGCGAAAUACAAGUCGGUUCACACAAGCAAGAAAAGUCAAACAGAAAUAAUGAGAGAGCUGAUUGAUAAUCAGAUGACCCUUUUCACCGACUGGCUGAAAGCAAAGCAGGAAAAGGAACGGGUGGAAAAAGAGAACAUGAAACGUUUAUCAAGGGAAAAAUUGGACAGACAGUCUUGGACGGAUCAGAGUCAAGAGAAACAGUAUCAAUAUAUUGGCACUACUUAUGACCAGCCUUUUGAUACACAAAGCAUGACGGAUUGGAAUAAUCAGUCAGCAUCAUAUCCAAGCACCUAUUCGCAAUAUGCAAUGCCAUCAAGUGACGGGAUUAUAACUGAUUGGAGCCACCUGUACCAAGGAGGACUUUAUACCGAGUUUGAUGCUAAUACGGAUCCGUAUCAAGCUGAUAUUAGAGAAUAUACGGACUCGAAAUCAUCGCUAGAUCCAGCCAAUCUUACGUAUGCCAAUUAUUCGCAGUCGGAAAAAUUUGAUUCGACGUCUGAGGGUCUAAAUUCAUAUCAGAUAGCAGAUGAAAAGCGAAGGGAGGACCGAAAAGUGCCAUCUUUAGUAAAGGAUGCUUUGAAGGAGCACGAGCGACGUAGGGCUGGAAGUCAUGUAAAGUAUGAAAAUGUUAAGAAAACUCGUAAUUUUUCCAACAACGACGACAUACUUUAAAGUUUGUUUUAAGUGAAUAAUUAGUAUGAACGUAAUAUAUUUUUUGGUGUCCUAAAUAUAGACAUUUUGUUAGGCAUAUGCUCAUUUUUAUCUAAAAGUUGUCAUGCUGCAAGAGUUCAAUUUAUACAUCUAUCCUUAAGGAGAAACUAUUUUCAAUACACAUCAAAUUAAUUGAA